AUCGCGAAAGCCAGGCUCCGCUCCAGGAGGGGCUUUAUAAGCGCAGAAUUGCUCAAACAUCGGUAGAGUCAUCGCGUUGCCCAAACAUGCUGGUCCUCCUGUUGGUCUGUUCCGUGCUGGUAAUCUCCACCCUCGGGUCUCCCGCUGGAGCAGAUCCGAUAAGGACCAACAUUGGUGGCGGCUUCGGCGAAGAGAAGAUUCAGGGCGAUGGCAAUUUUGCGGGGGGUCAUCGCGCUCCGAAAACGAGGCCAAUGGACGAAGAAUACGCGAUGUUCAAAGAGGGACUUAUGAUGGAGAACGACGAAGGUGAAUUGGUCGAGUUGACCCUCGGCGACGAAGGCGGAGUCAUCGCGCUGGAAAAUAUUUUAAGCUCGAACCUCGAUAACCGAGUGUUUUACCGUCUCUACACCAGGAAAAAUCCAAAAGAAUAUCAACCACUUUGGAUCGACGAUCAAAGCAGUUUGUCUCGCAGUAAUUUCAACGCUGAUAAGCCCACCCACUUCGUGACCCACGGCUGGAUCAACUCCGGAGACAGUCCAGCCUGCACUGACAUCCGGGAUGCGUACCUAAAGAAUGGCGACUUCAACGUGAUAGUACUCGACUGGAGCACGUUCACUUUGGGACCGUACGGAAGGGCAGUGCUCCACGUGACCCAGGUUGGUCAGCACGUCGCAAAAAUGAUCGACUUCCUGCAGAGCAAAGCUCGUUUGGAUACAAAGAAAACCACUCUCGUGGGCCACUCCCUGGGUGCCCACGUGAUGGGCCUGGCCGGUUACUACUCCAAAGGAACGAUCAACUACGUAGUCGGCUUGGAUCCGGCACUUCCGUUGUUCUACUUCGCCGACGAAGGUCACAGGAUAUCGAACAAAGACGCUAAUCACGUUCAAAUAAUCCACACGAAUGCCGGUCUCCUGGGCUACAUGUCCGCGAUCGGUCACUCGGAUUUCUAUCCCAACGGUGGAUCGAUGCAGCUCGGAUGUCUUCUCGACGUCACUGGAGCCUGUUCCCACGCUCGUUCGUGGAAAUUCUUCGCAGAAUCGAUCAAUUCCCAAAGAGGAUUUUAUGGGAAACCUUGUACAUCUUACCUCUCGUAUAUUAUCGGGAGAUGCACGAUCGGGCCAGUCUCGAUGAUGGGUGGAUCGUUGAUUGACUUGGCCGGUACGGGCAACUAUUUCCUUUCGACUUCCGCCGUAGCACCCUUCGCCAAAGGACCAUGAAAUACGCUUUUUUAUCGAAUUUCACUUCUUCCUCAUCAAAAUUGUUAUUGCCUCGAAUCAAUGAAAUGCACGAAAAUAAAAUAUUUAAAACCAAA